AUGUCUUCGAGGCUCAUAGUUCGGUCAGUUGGGAAGAUAUCUUCAAGACGCCUCAGCGAACUUUUACUUAAGAGUAACGUUGCUGCUGCCAUUGUCCCUGGCAGAUUUUAUUCAGAUGAGAGUGUCGUCGAGAAAUUUGCGCCUGGAAUUAGAUCUCCUUUUGAUAACCCACGGAGGGUGCACAAGGUUUGUUUUUGUCUAUUAGUUCUUCUUCGUUUAACUGACGUAGUAGUUUUGUAAUUUUUUAGGCAUCAUACCCAACAGACAAACUGGAAAAAGAUGCUAAAGUCGAAAAAGUUAAACCGGACACACUUAAAUCUGAGCCAAUACAAAAAGAGGAACUUGGAAGUACAGUUUUAGCCGAAGAAGUGGCAAAAAAGAUUGAAGAUAUCAAUAAAGCAGCCGAAACUUUGAAGUCAGAUGCCCAAGAACCUGUUCAGGCUCAGCCAGCAGGAGUUCAAACAGCGUCCACUUCUUUUGGGUACGUUUUGUAUUUUUUUUAUUAUCGUCUUUUAGUUCUUCAAUCUUAAGCCGAUUGGGAAUUGAGAGGAUACCUGAUGAUAUCCCGGAAGAUGAGAAGAAAAAACAGAAGACGGCCAGAAACACGCGUUUGGGUAUCCUGUGCUUGACGUUUGGAACCUUUUGUGGUCUUGUUUGGUUCUGCUUCCAUUACGGUAGGUUAAUCUUCAUCCUUACUUCUUGCGUUCAUUGCGCAAAAUAUUUACUUCAAUUUUUUAGGAAGAGCAAGAAGAGAUGAAGCUGGAAAUGUUAUUGUUGAUGCUUACUCGACCAGCGUAUUAGCUCCAUUCUACAGAAUUGCAGAUGGUUUCCGAGAUUGGAUGAAUGUAAGCUUGUUUAAAUUAUUUUUAAAUUUAUGUCACAGUAUGCCGUCGAACCAAGUAGAGAGAAAUUGCUGCCCGAUCCUCUGAAACCACCAUAUAUCCAACCCAAAUAUACGCUAGUUAUUGAAAUGAAGAAUGUUUUAGUAGCUCCUGAAUGGACUGUAAGUGAAAAUUGUGAUAUAUAAUGCCUAUUUAAUCGAAACUACAGUACAAAACCGGUUAUCGAUUCAAAAAGAGACCUGCCUUGGAUUACUUUUUGGAUGUGGUUGGCUAUCCAAACUUCGAAUUGGUUAUUUACACCAGCGAACCGCCAAUGAGUGCCUUUUCCGUCGUCGAUUCCAUCGAUCCCAAGCAAAGAAUAAUGUAUCGUCUGUUUAGAGAUUGCACCAAAUAUCAGGAUGGACAUCAUAUCAAGGACUUGGGUAGACUGAACAGAGAUCUUUCGAAGGUCAUCUUCAUUGACUUCGAUGCUCAAUCGGCCAAAUUGAAUCCAGAAAAUGUCCUCAGACUUCCAAAAUGGGAUGGGGAUAUGGAUGAUACGGCGUUGGUAGAUCUGGCGGAACUUCUGAAAAGUGGGUUUUGUUUAAUUUUAUUACUGGUGAUUGUUGUGAUGGAUAAUAUGGUUUAAAUCUUUUCAGCCAUUCACCUCAGCGACACCGACGACGUUCGCCCCACCCUCCAGUACUAUUCCAGCUUCGACAACCCUCCGGCUGAGUUCAGACGUCGCGCUAUCGAACUGGCCGAGUGGGAGAAACAAAAACAACAGCAGAAGAACGAGAGUUCCCUCAAGAAAUAUGGAGGAUUCUUCGGUUUCAGAAGACAUCAGAACGUCUGAAGUUGUCCUAGCUGCGUACUCGAUUAGAUGUUUGUUAUUUCUUUUUGUUAAUAAAUUCAUAAAAUGAAGGCUGACCAGCUGUUCGCAUCGCGGUUCUUUCUCCGAUCCGUUUAUUUGAUCUCCUUUUUUGGAUAAAACACCUACUUUCACUAGCAGAUUCGGCUCUCCUUUUCUCUCGCCGCUCACAAUGGGAGAUUUGUGAAAGUAAGUCGAACGGAUCUCUUGAAUAUUUAUGGGUUUGCUAGGGCGAUUUUUACAGUUUCUUCCUGCAAGUUGUUGAAAUAUUCGGGGAAUUGUACACAAUUCAUAGUACUUUAAUUUAUUCAUUUAAAUUCGUUUUUCUCAAUCGAACAAACGGUUCUUCCGGAUUCAAUGACGCCUGACCUGAUUCAGAAGUCUGUUUGAUUAGUUGUGGAGAUGUUUCGCGCUCCUCUUCAUCCUGUUUACUAAAUAUCUGCAGGUCUGGUUAUGACGUCUGAUUUCUUGAAUUGUGUCCUUUUUUGAUUAUUUAAAAUUUAUUUGAUGGGGGUUGGGGCGAGAGUUUGUUCUCCUGAAUCAGAUGGGAGGGAAAUCUCCACGUUUUCACUGGGAAUGACGAUUACAAAAAACGUUCGUUAUUUCCGUAAUUUUAAUAUCUCCAUGUUUUGGUAUUGAAUUCACAAGGGAAGUACCCCAAGUGCGACGCUCAGAUUUUCUUUAAAUUUUGCACACACGUCGGGCAUGGACCAAGUAUCAAUUCCUGAAAGUUUUAGCUCGCGCUUUGCAAGCGCCGCCGAGAUAUUGAACGAUCUUUGCCGCCGAGAGAGCAUGCUAACCGCGGAGAGCGGUCAGGGAGAAAAACACUUUUUGGCCGUAACUUCGCUAGUUUCAUACGGAAAAAAUUCAUUUUUUGUGGAGGCAUUACCCAUUACAAUAGAAACAGGCAUGAAACUUUUCGUGUCGAAAUUCUGCAAAAAGUGUAAAAUUUUCGCCGACUUUCGGUUUAAAAAUCUCGGUUGUUUCUGCAAAGCGCGAGCUAAGAUUCUCGCAUAUAUCUUAGAAAAAAUUAUUCUAAAUUUGUGCCAAGUUUCAUCGAAAUCUGAGCGUCGCACUUGGGGUACUUCCCCUGUCAGUUAAAUCAGGCUGCAGAGGAGUGUUAAGGGUUGCAGUAGGUCCAAAGGUUUUGUUUGCCCUCCAAAUCGACUCGCCAAACAUCUUGAGCUUUCCGGUUUCAGGGUUAUACCACGGGUAAAUAUACCAUUUACUCUGAUGUUAAGGGGACUGAAGGCGUUUUCAUCUGUUCAAGUAAAGGCCAAUUUUAUUGUAGAUCCUACAAAUUUCGUUGUGAUAUGUCCUUGAAUUCCUAGGACUUUUAGUGUGCGGCUUGACCUGUUUUGAAUUUAAAUUUUCUGGUUCAAAAGUUCGAAACCGGGUUAUCUCCGAGUCAGAUCAGACCCGGUCUGGGUACUUAAGCGAACUGCGGAACCGGAAAUUCUUGUGAUAACAGUUACUUUCGCCGGGUAAUUACAACUUUUUUGUUUGCAGGGCCUUGAUGUCAACAGUCCCGGUUCAUGUGAUAUUCCCGGUGCUUAA